CAACUGCUACACAGGCAGAGCUAGAGCAGCCGACCCCACCGUGGUGCUGCUGACGCCAGGAGCUGCCCCGUGCCCAAGGAGAGGAGCAUGGCGAUGCCCACCCUGCUGCUCAUUGCCCUCGUCCUCUGCCUUGCCACCUGUGUCCUGCGGGCUCAAAAGCUGAAGAGCAACAUGGACAGCCUGGAGAAGGAGCUGCAGCAGGGCUGCAGCAGUGCCCACCACGCCAGGGAGAGGUUAAACCAGCUGGAGGAGCAGCUGGCCCACCAGGAGAAAUACAACUUCACGGGUGCCAUGAUCGAGACCUACGUGUUCAAGUUCAUAACUGAGCACUUCAGAGGCUUAAACCUCAGCAGCAGGAUGGAUGUGAAGCGAGGCAUCGGCGGGAGGCUCAGGCAUGCCAUGAACUUCCCGGUGGAGCUCAUGGAGGGCAUCAAGACGCGGGGAGUGGAGCAGAAGCUUGUCUGCAUCUACAUCCACAGCCCCUGCAUCUUCCAGGAUGUCCACAACAACUCCGUGCUGAAUGACAAUGUGUUGGGAGCCUUCCUGCGGAGCAGGCAUGUGGCCGGGCUCAGCCACCCCGUGGAGAUCCAGUUCUGGCACGACAUGGUGCUGGAUGCCUCCAACGCCACCUGUGUCUUCUGGCAGCCUGGAGCCAGUGUGGGCAGCCCAGGCAGCUGGAGCAGGGAGGGCUGCAAGACCACACACAGGGAGGGCACCGUUAUCUGCCACUGCAACCACCUCACCUACUUCGCCGUCCUGCUGGUCCCAGCGGGCACCCUGAGCCCGGCCCAGCUGGCAUCGCUCACCCACAUCAGCACCAUCGGCUGCUCCCUCUCUGCUGCCGCCACCCUCUGCACCCUCCUGCUCUGCUGCUUCUCCAGGAGGCGGCUGAGGAACAGCACGACCAAGAUCCACAUGCACCUCCUGGCCGCGCUGCUCUUGCUCAACUGCAGCUUCCUGCUGAGCACGCCGCUGGCCACCGGCCCCGAGUGGCUCUGCCGGGUCACCGCUGCCCUGCUGCACGCCAGCCUUCUCUGCACCCUGGCAUGGAUGGCUGCUGAGGCUUUCCACCUCCUUCUCCUCCUUGUCAAGGUCUACAAUGUCUACAUCCAGCACUACCUCCUCAAGCUCUGCCUCUUCUCUUGGGGUGAGUGGGCAUGCACCCAACCCUGCCUGUCCAUGCCUGCCUGCGGCACAGCUGCCCCAGCACAGCCCCACACAGCCUGUCCUGGGCCCACAGGUUUGCCCACACUGGCCGUGGUGGCUGUUUUUGUCUUCAAGAGAGAUACGUAUGGGUACCACACCAUCCACACCACUGAAGGCUACAGCAAUGUGACUAUGUGCUGGCUCACCAGCCUUCCAGCCUAUUCUGCCACCCUCUGCUAUGCCGGCCUCAUCCUGCUCUUCAACAUGCUGGUGCUGGGGAGGGUGGUAAUGAUACUGCGGAGUAUCCAGCAGCAGAAGGGGCAGGCAAGGAAGGACUGGGCAACGGUGCUGGGGCUCACCUGCCUGCUGGGCACCACCUGGGGCCUGGCCUUCUUCGGCUUCGGCAUCUUCCUCGUCCCCCAGCUCUACCUCUUCACCAUCCUCAACUCCCUGCAAGGUCUCUCUGUCUGCCUCUGGUACAUCACCGUGCACCGCCGGAGCAAGCCGGGCCCUGUCAGCAACACCUCCAGAUACCCCGACGCCAGGGUGAAGGGCUGCGAGGGGAGCUCGGGAGCUGCUCCAUGA